UGGCACUCACAGCCGGCACUCACACCUGGCACUCACACCUGGUCUCAUACUUUGUGCUCAUACCUGAUUCUCACAUCUGGAGCUCACACCUAGUGCUCACACCUGGAGCUCACAUCUGGUGCUCACACCUGGUGCUUACACCUGGCACUCACACCUGGUGCUUACACCUGGAGCUGGUGCUCACACCUGAUGCUCACACCUGGUCUCAUAUCUAGUUUCAUACUUGGUGCUCAUGCCUGGAGCCCACACCUGGCACUCACAUCUGGCACUCACACUCAACACUUACACCUAGCACUCACACCUGGCACUCACACCUGGUCUCAUACUUGGUGCUUGCACCUGGUGCUCACACCUGAUUCUCACACCCGGCACUCACACCUGGCACUCACAUCCAACACUUACACCUAGCACUCACACCCGGCGGUCACACCUGGUCUCACACCUGGAGCUCACACCUGGCACUCACACCUGGCGCUCACAAGCCUGUUACUCACCCGGUCUCUGCCAUUUUUCUCCCUUUCUGGGGAGCACCAUCAGAGGUGCUUGCACCAGCCUUCUGAUUCCUUUGUGCAUUUCCUUCUGCCUCCUGCUUCACCACUGGCCAAAGUGCAACAGGUAAGCUGUCUGGGGGCGUGUGUUCCCCACUGAGGACCCCCUCUCCUACACCUGCCCUCUCGGUCUCACAUUGAACCAGCUGGCACAGCUCGCUUGGGCUUUCUGGAAGCAGACCCCGAGAUGCGGUUUGGGUACCGGCAGGUGCUGUGGUUGACCGCUGUGGAAGGCGGGGUGGAGGCCGUGCUGGGCCGAGGGGGAACGGCUGCCUCAGUGAGAGCUGCUGCUGGAGUGUCCUGCCUGGGGCCACCCACCCAGCCCUGAUGCCCACUAGGGUGCCUGGGAGCCUGUCACUGUCUCCUCACUGGGCCCCCGUGACAGGGGCAGGGUCUCCUGCCCUGGGGGAGGCCUGGCCUGAGCGAGGAGCUGGGAGGGCUGGGUCUGGGGCGCCCCUGUGGGAAGGGGCCCUGGGGUCUGGCCCUGCACAGCCUCCUCUAGGCCAUCAGCAGUGGCUGUCAUCUUUCUUCUUCUCAGAUGGCAUCUGCGGUUAGAGACAGGAGCUAGUUUCAUCGAAAUGGCAUUUUACUUCCUAGUUCUACCUGCUCUCAUUGUUUUGGGAACUUGAGAGAAGAGAGUAGGAAAACCUUUUCCCCAGGGGCUGCUGGGUUGCUGUGGCCACAUCCUGUGCCUCCCCAUCUUUGGGUGGAGGGUGGGGGCCGCCUAUGCUGUAACUUGGGCUCCAGGACGCACGUGAGGGGACGUCCGGAUCUGCCGCUGCGGCCCAGGAUCUCUGAGGAGGCUAAAGCCUCAGCAGCUGGCCCGAGGCGUGGCAGGAAGCGUGCCCGCGGCUCCGGGAUCCUGGCAGGCUGGGCACCGGCCCCCCACCUGCUCAGACUCGUCAGGGGUCCCAGGCUGUGCCGUGGCCCUCCCCCGUGCAGGCCAGGCAGGUGUGAGCCCAUGUGUCACUCCCGGGACGAUGCAGAGGGUAGGGGGGGGCUGGGCAGGGGCCCCGGGAUAUGACCACCCUGAACAGGAGCAGGAGGGCGAUGGGGGAGACCCCGAGGGUGCCCCGUCCUGUCAUCACAAACCUCCAUGUGCCUUUGCCAGCCGAGCAGGCCUCACGGGAGUGAGGGGCACCUGCCAGGCCAUCUGGGUCUCGUCUUCCACGCACCAGCGAGGACGGCCUGCAAGGAGGGGCUGUGGUGGAAGGGAGGGCCGGCCUCGGGGAGGCAGACGGGACGGGGGCGUCUGGCAGAGAGGGAACCACAGUGCCAAGGCCCCAGGCUCCUGGGCCACAGGCCUAGCUGCUCCCUGCCCUCGGCCCCCUGCCCAUCCCCAUGGCUGCUGGGAGGGUCCCCGGGGGCUAGAGGCCAGGUGGGGCUGGGGAAAGGGCCAGGUCUGUCCCAAAAUAGGGUGGCAGGAUCGCGCUGGCCAUAAAAGGCCCUUGGAAUCUGGACCCCAGGGACCCUGGGCAGCCAGGCCCAGCUAAAACGCUGCCGCCUGCCCCGCGGGUCCUGCCCACUGUCACCGGCCUGCGGAGCCCCCAGCCACGGCCAUGGUAGGGCCCCUGUGAGGGUGGCCGCCUCGGAGCCGCCGGGUGGGGCCCUGGGAGGCUGGGUGGGCCCUUGUUCCAGGGCCGGGGCCCACCGCAGCAGCGGCCAGGUGCUAGGCUGCCCCUCAGGGACCCUGCCUCCCAGGACCCCAAGCCUGGCCCCAUGCAGGCCAGGAAACCCUGGGCCCUGGAGGUGCCUCCCUGUGCCGGACGCCUGUGUCCAUCGCCGCAGGGCCUGGCCCACCUGCGGCUGCCCCUGUGGCCUCUGCUGCCCCUCACACCUCUGGCCUGUACCCCCUGCGGACCCCACCCGACCCCCUCACUCGCUGCCCGGUGCACGACUCCCCCCCAGGCGAGGCCGGGGGCCGCCCUUUGGCCACCACGGCCCUUAGGGGCUGCCGAGCAGAUGGACGGGGCUGGGGGCCCCUGGUGAGCCGGGGGGCCUGUGCCCACAGACGGAGCGCCUGACGGCUGAGCAGGUCAAGGAGUACAAGGGGGUCUUCGAGAUGUUCGACGAGGAGGGCAACGGGCAGGUGAAGACGGGUGAGCUGGAGCGGCUCAUGAGCCUGCUGGGCAUCAACCCCACCAAGAGCGAGCUCGCCUCCAUGGCCCGGGACGCCGACCGAGACAGUGAGGCGGGCGCCCGGGUGUGGGGGGCCGGGCCCCGUGCGUGUGCGGCGGGGGUGGGGUGCAGCCCUGGGCCUCCCCCCGGUGUGCGUGAGGGGCCCGUGGGGUGGCCCCGGCGCCCACCCGGCCUGCGCCCGGCAGACAAGGGGUUCUUCAACUGCGACGGCUUCCUGGCCCUCAUGGGCGUCUACCACGAGAAGGCCCAGAACCAGGAGGGCGAGCUGAGGGCCGCCUUCCGCGUCUUCGACAAGGAGGGCAAGGGCUACAUCGACUGGAACACGCUCAAGUACGUGCUCAUGAACGCGGGGGAGCCCCUCAACGAGGCGGAGGCCGAGCAGAUGAUGAAGGAGGCGGACAAGGACGGCGACGGCACCAUCGACUACGAGGAGUUCGUGGCCAUGAUGACCGGAGAGUCCUUCAAGCUGGUCCAGUAGGAGCAGCAGCUGCGCCUCGGGAAGCCCCGGGGUGAGGCCCCGUGGCCCUGCCCACCCCCGCCGCCAGUGUCCAAUAAACAGUCCG